AAGGCGCUGAACCGCGUGCAGUCGGCCGUCUUCGACGUCGCCUUCAACUCGCAGAAGAACCUCCUCGUGUGCGCGCCGACGGGCGCGGGCAAGACGAACGUGGCCUUAUUGUGCCUCCUGGAGCUCGCGGGCCGCUUCCACCUCGGCGACGACGCGUCCGACGAGUCGCCCGCGGAGCGGAGAAAGGCGUUCCUGGCCGAUCUCGCGCAGCACAAGGCUGUCUACGUGGCCCCGCUGAAGGCGCUCGCCCAGGAGGUCGUCGACAAGUUCAAGGAGCGCCUGGCGCCCCUGGGCAUGAUCGUCAAGGAGCUCACGGGCGACGCGCAGCUCUCGAAAAAGGACGCGGACGCCGCGCACGUGCUCGUCGUCACGCCGGAGAAGUGGGACGUCGUGACGCGCAAGCAGGGCGGCGGCGGCGGCGGCGACUCCAUGGGGUCCCUCGCGUCGCGGUGCCGCCUCCUGAUCGUCGACGAGAUCCACCUGUUGGCGGAGGAGCGCGGCGCGGUGUUGGAAUGCGUCGUCGCGCGGACGACGCGCUUGGUCGAGAGCUCCCAGUCCCAGGCGCGGCUCGUCGGCCUCAGCGCCACGCUGCCCAACUACGAGGACGUGGGCAGCUUCCUGGGCUGCGCCGACGACAGCGUCUUCUUCUUCGGGCCCGAGUUCCGGCCCGUGCCGCUGAAGCAGACGUUCGUCGGCGUCACGGAAACGAAACGGUUCCAGAAGCUCGUCAAGCUCGACGAUCUCGCCUUCGACGUCGCGUUGAGCGCCGUGGACCGGGGCCACCAGGCCAUGAUCUUCGUCCACAGCCGCCGGGAGACGUUCAAGACGGCCAUGGCGCUCCGGGACCGCGCGAACCGCGACGGCCGCGACGGCGCGUUCAAGCCCGCGGAGGACCUCGGCAACCUCCUCAAGCCCUUCGCCCCGGCCUUAGCCAAGUGCAAGCACAAGGAGCUCCGGGAAGCCGCCGAGGCGGGCUUCGGGCUCCACCACGCGGGCAUGUGCCGCGCGGACCGGAGCCUCAGCGAGCGCAUGUUCGCCGCGGGCGCCGUCCGCGUGCUCUGCUGCACGGCGACGCUCGCCUGGGGCGUCAACCUGCCGGCGCACGCGGUGAUCUGCAAGGGCACGGACGUCUACGACCCCCAGCGCGGCGGCCACGUGGACCUGUCCAUGCUCGACGUGCUGCAGAUCUUCGGCCGCGCGGGCCGCCCGCAGUUCGACGACUUCGGCGAGGCGACGCUGCUGACGACGCAGAAGGCGCUGCCGGACUACCUGCGCAAGCUCGCGCGCGCCGCGCCCAUCGAGAGCUGCCUGCCCGCGCGCCUCGCCGACGCCAUCAACGCCGAGGUCGCCGCGGGCACCGUCGCGUCGUUGAAAGACGCGGGCCGGUGGCUCGACCACACGUUCCUCGCCGUGCGCCUGCGCAAGAACCCGCUGGCCUACGGCUGCCCCUACGACCAGGCGCGCGAGGACCCGGGCAUGGGCCGCUUCCGCGAGACGCUGUUGCGCGACGCCUGCAAGCGCCUCGACGAGAGCCGCAUGUGCCGCUACGACCGCCGGUCCGGCGCGGUCGCGGGCACGGAGGUCGGCCGCGUCGGGUCCCACUUCUACCUGCGCCACGAGUCCGUGCGCGAGUUCAACGAGCGCCUGCGCCAGCACGCGACGGACGCGGACAUCUUGGUGGUCGUCUGCUCCGCGUACGAGUUCGAGCAGCUCAAGCCGCGGAGCGACGAGGUCGCGGAGCUCGACCGGCUGCGCGAGUCGGAGGUCUGCUGCCCCGUGAGGAGCGACGAACUGUUCGCGUUGGCCGACGAGCCCGCGGGCAAGGCGGCGACGCUGCUGCAGGCCCACGUGUCGCGCGCGCCGUUCUCGGCCUUUACUUUAGCGUCGGACGCGGCGUACGUCGCGAAGAACGCCGCGCGCGUCUGCCGCGCGCUCUUCGAGAUGGCGCUGCGGGCCCACUGGCCGUCGCUGGCGGAGCGCCUGCUCGCGCUCGCCAAGGCCGUCGAGCGGCGGCUCUGGUGGUUCCAGCACCCGGUACGGCAGCUCGCGGAUCUCGAGCCGAACCUCAACGAGCGGCGCCGCAAGUUCCCCGAGGACGCGCUGCGCCAGCUCGAGGCGAAGCGCCUGACCGUGGACCGCAUCCUCGGCGACCUCAACGGCGACCCGCGCGAGGUCGGGAGCCUGGUGCGGAACAAUGCCGCGGGCGCGUCGCUCGUCGCGGCGGCGCGCAAGGUGCCGUCCGUGACGCUGGAGGCGGACGUCAAGCCCAUCACGCGCACGGUGCUCCGCGUGACGCUCACGGUGACGCCGACCUACCACUGGGAGCCGCGGACCCACGGUCUAGGGCCCGAGCCCUGGUGGGUCUGGGUCGAGGACGCGCGCGCCGAGCGCAUCCACCACUUCGAGCUCGUGCUGCUCAAGCCGCCGGAGAAGCGCGCGCGGCGGGGCAUGGAGCCCGUCGUCGUCGCCUUCACCAUGGCCGUCAAGGACCCGCUGCCGCCCCAGUUCUUCGCGCGGGCCCAGAGCGACCGCUGGGUCGGCGCGUCGGCCAUGCUCGAGAUGUCGACGAACGGGCUGCAGCUCCCCGCGGCCGCGCCGCCGAACACGGAUUUGCUACCGUUGCGGCCCCUGCCGCUGGCCGCCCUCGGCGACGAGCGCUACGCGUCCUUCUAUUCCUUCACGCACUUCAACCCCGUGCAGACGCAGCUCUUCCACUCCUUGUAUCGCGCCGACGGCAACGUGCUCGUCGGCGCGCCGACGGGCUCGGGCAAGACCUGCCUCGCGGAGCUCGCCAUCUUCAAGCUGCUCAACGACCGCGGCGACCAAAAACUCAAGGCCGUCUACGUGGCGCCCCUGAAAGCGCUCGCGCGGGAGCGGCUCAAGGACUGGCGGAAAAAGUUCGGCGAAAAGCUCGGGCUCAGCGUCUUGGAGCUGACGGGCGACGCGACGCCCGACGCGCGCGCCCUGCGCGACGCCGACGUGCUCAUCACGACGCCAGAAAAGUGGGACGGCGUCACGCGCCAGUGGCGGCGCCGCGACUACGCGCGGCACGCGGCGCUGCUCUGUGCGCUGCUCGUCAUCGACGAGAUCCACCUGCUCGGCGAGGACCGCGGGCCCGUCAUCGAGGCCAUCGUGAGCCGCGCGCGCUUCAUCUCGGAACAGGCCGACAGCAACGCGGACAGCCCGCCGAAGGUGCGCAUCGUCGGCCUGUCGACGGCGCUCGCGAACGCGCACGAUCUCGCCGCGUGGCUCGGGUGCGACCCGAAGACGGGCCUCUUCAACUUCCGCCCCGCCGUGCGGCCCGUGGCCAUGGAGGCCCACGUCGCCGGCUUCGCGGGGAAGCACUACUGCCCGCGCAUGGCGACGAUGAACAAGCCCUGCUACGCGGCGCUCCGCGAGCACGCGGCGGGCCGGCCCGCGCUCGUCUUCGUCGCGUCGCGGCGGCAGACGCGGCUCACGGCGCUGGACUUGAUCGCGCUCGCGGCGGCGGACGACGACUUCGGGGGGAGCGGGUCCGGCCUCUGGGUCGGCGACGACGUCCUCGGCGGCGAGCUCGACGGCUACGCGCGGGAGUGCGCGGAUCCCGCGCUGAAGCACGCGCUCCCCUUCGGCGUCGGCGUGCACCACGCGGGGCUCCAGGAGCGGGACCGCGACGUCGUCGAGAAGUUAUUCGAGCGGGGCGCCAUCCGCGUGCUCGUCUGCACGGCGACGCUGGCCUGGGGCGUCAACUUCCCCGCGCGGCUCGUCGUGAUCAAGGGCACGGAGUUCUUCGACGGCAAGCUCGGCAAGUACGUCGACUUUCCCAUCACGGACGUGCUCCAGAUGAUGGGGCGCGCGGGCCGGCCCCAGUUCGACGACGUCGGCGUCGCGUGCAUCUUCGUGCACGCGCCGAAGAAGGAGUUCUACAAGAAGUUCCUCUACGAGCCCUUCCCGGUGGAGUCGAAGCUCAAGGACGCGCUCCACAACCACGUCAUGGCGGAGGUCUGCCUCACGCGGGCGAUCACCUCGAAGCUCAGCUGCGUCGCCUGGCUCAAGUGGACCUACCUCUUCCGGCGCCUGACGCAGAACCCGAGCUACUACCACUUAUCGGACGACCCGACGCCGGACAACGUCGACGCGUACCUCGAGGCGCUCGCGGAGGCGACGCUCGACGACCUGGACCACGCGGGCGCCGUGGAAUUGGACGGGUCCGACGUCCACCCGGCGACGCUGGGCCAGGUGGCGUCCUACUACUACCUCGACUACAAGACGACGCAGCGCGCGGCUUUGACCGUCGACGACGUCGACGAGAAGCUCGGCGGCGCGGACGACGAGGCGCUCGCCGUGGCGUUCCUGUGCGACGCCGAGGAGUUUGGCGAACUGCCCGUGCGCCACAACGAGGACGGCCUCAACGCCGACCUCGCGCGGGAGUUGCUGCAGCGACGCGACGACGCGCGGUGCCUCGAGGCCCUCGACGAGCGCGGCUUCGACGACGCCCACGUCAAGGCCCAGCUGCUCGUGCACGCGCGGCUCCGGGACGGCGUGUUGCCCAUCGCGGACUACGCGACGGACACGCGGUCCGUCUUCGAGCAGACGUCGCGCGUGCUGGCGGCGCUCAUCGACGUCGUGGCGGACGCGGGCGCGCUCAAGCUCACGCUCGCGCUCUGCACGUUGAGCCAGGCGCUG